UCAAAUUUCAAAACACGAGUUAGGUUAGUCAUGUCUGUAUGUGCAAAUAACUUUAUCAAGGCCGAUAGCGAAUUCUUAUCUCUAGUGAAUCAUUUUUAGCGUGUAUUCCUUCUUUUCUUAUAAUUUUCCAGUUUCUGUGUUUAAAUAAGUGGAUUCAGAAAAAGAUUAUGACGUUAGUAAAUUAAUUAGUGAUUGCUAUUCAUUAAAUUUAUAUUGGUGAUUUCAUUUGUCAGUAAAUUUCAAACAUUAAUUUGGUUACUUAAAAUGAAUUUGCGUUUACAUUGAUAAAAAUUUAAUAAGUUUCGCCUAAUAUUUAACCACAAUAUGUAUUUACAAAGGUUGUGGAGCACAAUAGUCUGCAGUAGUAGGGUUAACCUACAAAAAGUGUCUUCAUUUGGUAAGGUUAAAUGUUUUCCAAAACAGUAUUUAUAUUCGAAUCCACAUAUAUCAUACAAUUUAAACAUCUUUCCUAGAUGUACUCUGCAAAAUGUGUGUAAUCCUAUCUGUCAAAGAACAUUUCACACUUCAAAUAGUAACAAAGCUCUUCCUCCCAUAAUAUGGAUAGUCCUGAGAUCUCUAUUGAAAUUUGGUGCAGUACUUACGGGCAGAGGAUUGAGGAAAUGGUGGGCUAGUUUACCAAAAAAUAGACGGGAAUACAUCCUUUAUCAGGUCAAGAAAAAUCGCACCAGAAUUAUGUGGGGAAGUGCAUUAUCAGGUGGGUUCGUAUUAGUUUACUAUGUUUCACAUCUGGUUGAAGAUCCUAUCACAAAAAGAGUGAAGUUCAUGUUGUUUUCUGAAAAACAGAUCAGACAAAUGGCCAAUAUUGAAUGUGAGGUUAUAAUAGAAAACUAUAAGAACCAGAUAGUAACUUCAGGACAACAAUACAACUACGUAUUGAAGGUUGCUCAAAGGAUAUUACAAGCUAACUCCAAGCUGCCCGGAGCCAAGAGGGAGUGGAAAGUCCUGAUCGUAGAUGAUAAAGACACAAAAAACGCUUUUGUGCUGCCAAGUGGACACAUUUUUAUAUUCACAGGAAUGCUUGCUGCAGUCAGCAAUGAGGAUCAGCUAGCAGCAAUCAUUGCCCAUGAAAUGUCACAUGCACUCUUAAGUCACUCCGCAGAAGCUGCCAGUAAAACCCACCUUCUGGAAAUGUUGAUGUUACUCCCUAUUGUAGCUCUGUGGACGUUGCUUCCAGACUCAAUAGCAAUUUCUUCACAUUACUUCACCGAGUAUAUCAGCACGAUUCUGUUCAAGUUACCGUUUAGCCGUAGCCUGGAAACAGAGGCCGACACAGUAGGCUUGGAGAUGGUUGCUAGAGCCUGCUAUGAUCCUCGACAAGCGAGUGUGUUUUGGCGGAAGAUGGAGAGACUUGCCGAGGAUGAACAGAUUGAAUGGUUGUCGACACAUCCGAGCCACAAAACACGGUACGAGACUCUCGAUGGACUCAUGCCGAAAGCCUUCAGUAUUCUCACUCGUUAUUGCUCCAGGUCUGAUCCAGGCCCUCACGCACCAAGAAGGAAUUGAAGACGUUAAUAGCCUACUGGUGAAGAUUUCACUUUUGAAUAAUUUCCUUUCAAGAUUUCAAAACUUUGGAAGUACAUCAGGUCAAAAGGCACAGUAACGAUAUUUUGCCAGUGAAGAUUUAACCACAACGAAUCAAGUACUUAUUUUAUAUUAUUGUAUUACGAAAAUAGGCUAAGAUUUCUCAUGAGAUUAAACUUCAAAGUCAAUAGUAAACUGAAA